UUCAUAAGUCGAACACCUAUCUUCUCAUCUCAAUUACUCCAGCAUAAAUAUAGCUGCUGGUAUCCCAUCUUUUCACAAGUUAAAAGGCAACUGAAUUCUGAGUAUCACAAUGUGGAAACUCUUGAUGCCAAUCAUGUUAUAUGGUGGUUGUACAAAAGAACAACAGAUCAUCUCUACAAAAUAAUGAAAAGCAUUUAUGAUUACUAUGCUGAUGUCACAAUUGGCAAACCAGGGAAACUAGAGUAUAUGUGUAUCACACCAAAUGAAUUCAAAGAUAGACAGAGCAAGUACUUGCACUUCUGCCCAGGGUGUUUACAAAAUGGUCGUCUGAUUAGUGGAGGAACACCUCCAGAUAAAAAAGGCCUAGUGCAAUACAAGGUGCACUUUUAUUGGAUUUGUGAAUCACACUUCGAUGAGUUCUUGAAAAACCCACUGGAAUUCAUUCCUCCUACAAAUACAUCAGAACUCCCAGAUCAUUUACCUCAUAUCCCAACAGAAGAUGAUGAGGAUCUGGAGUUGGUAAAUGAUGGUUAUUGCAUCGUUACUUAUGCUGACAGCAUACCGGAACGAAUACUUCAGAAAGGUUCUCCAGAAUUUUCAGUAAUAUAUGGAAAUAAGAAAUACAUGUUUGCAAGUGCUGAACAAAGAGAGAAAUUUUUAAGUGACCCCUCAUAUUAUGGUGAUAAAAAAAUAUGUAUGCUACCUCUUAGAAUGCCAGCAAUGAAUGUUCUUAGGUUUCCUACUCUUGGAUUUCUGGAACAAACAGUCAGCACUCACCUUCAUUCUGCUCUCCUUGGUGUAGGAACAGAAAGACCAAAAUACCCAGGUCUUCCUCUGGAUCUCUCUGCAGCUAUUUAUAUGGGAUAUUAUUUAAAAUUAAUAAAUUCUGCCACAUCUGCUGCACAAACUGAAAUGUUAACAAAAGCACAAGAAGAAUUUCUGCAUCGGUGCAAUAUCCUUAAAAAAUUUUGUCACAAAACAAAAAUACGUAAUCCCCUAUUACACCCUGAAGAUGGAGAAGAAAAUAUACCAAAAACAGCCUUCAGUGAAGACGACUUAUAAAUAGAAUGAGCUUGUUUUCUUAAUCUAAAAAUGCUAUCUACAAGAACUACACAAUAUUAUAUUCAAACAAUAAACCUUGAAGAAUCACAAGGAAAUUCAUGUAAGAAAGG